GAUUAGAUAAUGGAACAACACUAGUUCGUAGACCAGAGACCAUUUUGGGCGAUCAGUUAAUUUCUCUUUUGUAUUGAUGGAAAUUUUCUGAAGAAUUCGGGAAUAAGGAAAAACCAUUGGAUAGAAAAACUGAAACAUGAGUCGUCAGAGCGAACUGAAAUGCCAGAAAUGCGUCGAAUGGUACGACGAAGGAACAAAGACGCCCAAGCAACUACCCUGUGGGCACAACCUCUGCGCCACCUGCGUCCUGAACCUUUUAGGUGAGCCCCUACACGGCCCUGUUAACCUAGAGCCGGUAUUUCCAUCUGGACGGAUGAUGCGCUGCCCGGUCUGUCAGCGAGAUGUCAGCUCGGACCAAACUCAUACAAAUAGAGUCUUAGCAAGGAAGAUUAGUGGUCUCAUUGGUCUGGAAUCAAUGAUUAUUGGUGAUGAUGAACUGAAGGAGCCAAAGAGUCCAAAACCGAAUCCAAGUACUGUCAAAAAUAAACCUACCCUUCCCGCUAAAAGCCCUCAUCCACAACAAGCCCAGCCUUUAGGAUGGACGAAACCCAACACUUCUCCAGUAAGUGAAGUUCCAGUAAUCCAGCAAGAAAACAACCAGUCUCAUAUCGGAUGGACGCUACCUGGAGUACCCGUGCCAAGUGCUCCAGCGUCCGUUUUGGGAAUGUCUGAGCCCUAUUAUGAGACACCGUUUUGUCCUCAACCUAGCGCUCAAGGAUCACCUUUCGCACCUCCCACUUAUUUUCAUCUAAAGUAAACACGUUCUCGUCUGAGUUUAAGAAUGGCAUUUUUUACCUUUUCUCUUCGUGAAAGUAUAAUAAUUUUUUUCAUUGUCAGUAAUGUUUUACCUGUAGUUGGCAUAUUGUUUUUCCAUUCUUAAUGGAAAAUAUCCAUCAAUGCCCGUAUGUUUUAGUUUAAGAAUGGCAAUUUUUACCUUUUCUUUUUGUGAAAGUAUAUUAAUUUUUUUCAUUCUCAGUAAUGUUUUACCUAUACUGUUAUUUGUAAUCCAUUCUUAAUGGAAAAUAUCCUGAUGGAUAUUUUCCAUUAAGAAUGGGUUACAAUGGAUAAAUUCGGUUGGCACGGUAAAAAUUCUUGAUCAAUUUUACUUUACUAAUGUCGUCCCUUAGGUUUAUCGCAGGCAAAAAAGUGAUUAAAUCACAAAAGGAGGUAGUAAAGCUUAGCCACGAGAGACUGAUAUGGAGGACAGGCGAUACAAAGGAAGGGGUGGGGCCCCGUAGGGCUUUACUCCACAACCUGAUAAAUAAUGAUGAAAGCGAAAAGUAGAAGCAAGAUUCUUUCCUCAAUUAGUAUAGAAAGCGAGGGCCAUUAUCAUACUUAUAUUGACUAGGCUUUGGUUUGGACGAACCACCGAUGAUGAUGUGAAAAUUAUGCAAGAGAGCCUAAUUCCAGUACCAUCCAGCACUGACCAGGGCCAGGUUUUUGUUGAACAUUACUCUAGUCUCUGCAACAGCAACAAUCUGAAUGAGUUCGCCCAUAUUAUUCUCGACGACAAAGAAGAAAAAACAAAAAUAUCCACAAAGAAGUAUUGUGUUUAUAUGAUCACGCACUUCUGAGUGGAUACAAUUGCUAUGUCUUCAAAUUGCAUUUCUUGAAAAGUGGCAGUGUCUAUCUCUUCAAGUAUGCUUAGCAUUGUGCGUAUAUAAUGACACUCGCUUUCUAUACUGGUUGAGAAAAGACCACUACUUCUAUUUUUCACUUUUAUUAUAAUUUAUCAGUUUGCGUUGUAAAACCUUACGGCCUACCGCUUAUUUUUUACCCAUGAUCUCCAUCUCUGUCUCUUGUGGCUGGGCUUUUCUACUUCCACUUUUGUGAUUUCCUUACUUUUUUGCCAGUGCUUUGAGUAUUUUCUUUUGCAAUGUCAACGUCCUAAAUCGAGAAAAAAAUGUAGUAACAAAGGAAUGGGAGUUAUUUAGGUA